AUGGUCGCCGCAGAUUCACCAUGCCUCAUCGAUUGUCCACCCUCAAAGGCCGCCGGAAUUUCUUCGGCGCACUCAGACCUUGACGCAGCCAUCGCCAAGCUCCGCAUGACGGCUUACAUGUGGCAAGCUAUGACCGCAGAAGACUUGAGGCUGCAAGGUGCUGAGCGUCGAUCAUUCAGGUUGGAUGAGGAGUGGACAGCGGACACGAUCAGUCGUGACUUCCUCCAUGCGCGAGUUGAAGAGGCUCUCGAUAGCGAAGGUGCCAUGCGAUCGACUGCCAAGGUCAACAUUAUUCGUUCUACCAGGACCGUUAAGGAAAUCCGCAAUAAAGAGGUCGCACAACAAAACCCUACCGCACGUCGUGACAACGACUUGUUCGACUGGUUUCUGGAUGCGCUCAAGGAGCAAGGAGGCCCCUUCGCCUCCGAUGCCCGACCCAUCGUUGCUGGAUUGAUCUUGGACUCUCACUACAGCGUCUCGCAGAAGCUGAUCCUCGGACACGCAGCUCUGGGUUGCCACAACCCCGACGGAGUCUCACUGGGUAUGUUUGGUAGCCAUCUGACCUACUCCUGGCCGCGCUUCUUGGAAGAAGUCACAGGCUGUCUCACAGACGUCCGUGCACCUGGAGACAAAGUAGGCAAUGACAACGGCCAGUGCAACACCAUGUGGGAAGCAUGCGCCAUCGGCCAAGGCGCUUUCCUCCAUGAAAUCGGUCACGCAUUCGGAUCGCCUCAUCGCUCUGGAAUCAUGGAGCGUGGAUAUGCCCAAGACUGGCCCAAGAACUUCCUCCCCAAGACCGCGUACUCUGGCCACCUCAAAACAGAAGGCAUGCUCGUGGAUUCUCAUAACACACCUAACAAGGCUUGUUGGAAUCUAGCUGAUGCGCUCUCGUUCCGCAUGCUGCCUCACUUCCGCCUGCCCUUCGACCCCAUAAUCAGCGUCGAAGAGCGACAUGCUUCGCCCGAGGCCUACGCUGAGCACACAGAUGAUGAAGGCCCGAAAAAACUCGUCAUCAGCUCAAGCAGCGGCAUCGCACGCUUCACCUUCGACCACACGGAGACAUCCCAUCCCCCCGGCUGGACCCACAACGCACCGAAGCGCAUCGAGUACACAGAAUCCUUUCUUGAAGAGCGCUUCGACCGAUCCCAAUCCCUACAUCUCAACAUCCUCGCCUACAAUGGUAAGGAAACCAACAUCGGUAAUGUGUGGAAACUCCUCGCAAGCAGAACCUUCAUCCGCAUCCCAGGCUCCGAUAUCCGACUGGCGAAGCGCCUAGUCUUCCCCGAUGAGUCCGAUACUCGUAGAUACGAAUGGGCGCAGCUCCUCCAUGAGAAGGGCAAGGAUGGAAACCUGCACCGUGCCGUUUCUAUCGAUCUAAGGGUCGGAUGUUUAUGGGAUGGCGGCGUGGUGAAGUAUGCAGAUGGUCACACGAGUCACUGGGGACCUAUGCGUACAUACGGCCGCAAACACCAGUUCGGCGGCCAUGCUUCCCAGAAGUUACGCCUUCCCAAGGGGGUGGAAAUCAGUUCCGUCGAAGUCGUUCCUAGGGAUGGUGUUAGGGUUCAUCUCAGCGAUGGCACGAGCGCGGGCGAGCUCAACGCGAGACAUAACUCGGAUAUUGUGAGGCUGACGCCCAGCCCCGAUGAGAUUGUCGUGGGAUUCUAUGGUAAGAGUGAGAGGGGAGGAGGCUUUUGCGGCGUUGAAGAGUUUGGAAUCAUCACUGUAAAGAGGGAUGUGGGGAUUGCGGGGUUGCCGGAUAGUGUGUGGGAUAUGGAUGAGUUGAAGAAUACGAGUGGUAUGGAGGGGGAUGACGAUGAUGAGCAGGAAGAAGACCGGGAUGACGAUGACGACGAUGAAGACGAAGAGAUGGACUACGACGAUGACGAGUGA